AUGGCUUCACUUCUUUCAGAUGUUCUUCACCAAAUAUUUGAAAAUUAUCAAAAUGAUUUUAAAUCACUUCAUUCAUGUCUUUUGGUUGAUAGAUUAUGGUGUGUGAUAUUAAAUUCUUCUAUAACUCCUCCACUAUUUGAUUAUAUUGAAUUUUGUAAAGUAUUAGAUUUUAAUAUAAUUGGUAAUAUAAUUAAUGAAGGAUAUGAAGGAUUUAUAAUUAAUGAAGGAUUUACUAUUAAUGAAGAAGGAUUUAUAGUUAAUGAAGGAAUUAUUACAACAACAACAAAUGUUAAUGAAGGAUUUCCAUUUCCAGUUAAUGAAGUUAAUGAAGAUGGUUUUACAAUUAAUGAAGAAGGAUAUGAAGAAAUUAAAAAAGUUAAUCAAAGAAUUGAUGAAUAUUAUCAAUUAUAUCUUAUUCGUCAAGAAAUUUGUAAAUUAUUUGUUAAUCGUUGUUCUAAAAUUAAACAUCUUAGUAUUACAACAAUUAUGCCUCAUCCUUUACCUUAUUUACCUGGUUCAAAUUUACUUUUCUCUCAUCUCACUCAAUUAUCUUGUAAUCCUUUUAAUGAUGAAUCAAUUUAUUUUGGAAUUGCUCAAAUUUGUUUUAAUAUUAAAAAUUUAAUUAUAAUUAAUUUUGAUAAAGAUAAUAUUGGUUUGGCUAAAUUAAUUGAAGUACAAAAUAAUUUAGAAUCUUUAGAAUGUCAAUCAAAUAUAUUUCAUCAUAAUUUAUUGAAUUUUAGUUUCAUUGGAAAUUCUUUAAUUACUCAAAAAAAUUCAUUAAAACAUUUGAAUGUAAUUAAUAAUAUUUGUAUCCCUCCAAAAAUUAUUUAUUCAUUAAUUAAUUUAGAAUCAUUAAAAUAUGGAAUUGAAGAUUCAAAUGUAGAUGAAAGAAUAACUGAUGAAUAUUCAUAUCCUUUAUUCUCUGCAAAAUUUCCUAAAUUACAACAUUUGACAAUAAAUUCUUGUCCAUCAUUUCGUACCGCAUCUAAUUUAAUUUCUCAAACUAAUGGUCAAUUACGUAAAAUUUAUAUUGGAUAUUCAAAUUAUGAUUUUGAUUAUGCCGGUACAUUAAUUAAUUCUAUAGCUAAUAAUUGUCCUUUAUUAGAAUCUUUAUCAAUUUGUUAUUUUAAAAAUUAUCGAGAAUUAAGAAAAUUAUUAAAUUCUUGUAAAUAUUUACAAUACAUUAAAAAAUGGAGAGAUAGAAAACCAUUGAUAUUUUAUACUAUUAAAGCCGAAUUUAUUAAUGAAAAGCAUGAAAAUAUAUUUAAUCGAUUUAAAGAAGAAGGUGUAUUAAAGAAAUAUGUGAAUGAAGUUGAUUGGUUAUUGGAUGACUGA